AUGGCCUCUGUGAAAGCAUGUGCUCCAUACUUCUAUAUGAUUGUGUCCCAGUUCGCGUAUGCUGGAUCCAGCAUCCUCGGCAAGCUUGCAUUAGGACAAGGACUAAGUGCACUUGUCUUCGUAGUGUACAGGCACCUUAUUGCCAUGCUCAUCUUGGCUCCUCUUGCUUAUGUGCUCGAAAGGAAUCGAAGACCCAGCUUCUCAUUUGGUGUCAUGCUAAAAAUAUUCAUUCUUGCUAUGUUGGGUAUAAUAAUUCAGCAAAAUGUAUACUACGUUGGACUCCAUCUCAUUUCUCCAACUGUUGCCAGUGCCUUGGGCAAUGCCAUUCCUACUUUUACUUUCUUAUUGGCAAUUGAUGGAAAUGCUCAACUUGAAGACUGUAAAGGGAGGGCCAAGCUUGUAGGGGCCAUCUUCUGCAUCACUGGUUCCCUGAUCUUCACAUUUUGGAAAGGUCAUUUUGUUGGGGGCCUUUGUUACUUCACCUAUGAUCCAACUUCAUUUCGAAAGUCCUGA